CUGUUGGAGGCGCGGGGCAGAGGGAGAAUAGGGGGGGAGAGAGAGGCAGGGUGUGUAUGGGGGAGUCGGGCUGGUCCUAGCGCCCACCUCUUUUGGAGGGGAAAAAAAGGGUUAGGAAGAAUCGGCGAGGGGCCCAUUUCCCAGGAAGGGUAAGUCGAAGGGUGGCGGAGAAAGAGAGGCUCCUCCUCCUCCAUUCCCUGGGCAAAAAGGCUCUUAGUUUCUGAGAAGCUGAUUGUAGACGGUAGCCUUGAAUUGGAGGUAGUUAAACUCAAGGGCUUUCAAAAGAAGGGAGAGGGAUUGGAGUAGGAAAUCUGACCCCAAAAUGAAAGGACUUGCCUCACCGGGCCCAGCUGGUGAAGAGGAUUGACACCCUAUCCCUCAGCUGCGGGGCAGGUUGCCCCAGACAGAGAAGUAAAGGGGAAGUGCAAUAGGUUCCUUCAGGUGUGGGGCAAAUGGUCUCCUGGACAGGGAGGUGAAGGGGAAGUGCAAUUGGUUCCGUCAGUUGAGAGGAAAGUGCCCCUCUUCAGCAGAGAAGCAAAGGGGAGAGUGUAAUUGGUUUGCUUAGGUCUGUGGAAGGUUGUCUUCCUACUCCAGAGACCAGUGCAUCAGCAGAACCAGUGAGGGAGAAGAGUACUUCUGUUCCUUCAUUCUCUUCACCAAUGGAUUCUGGUUGACCACCUGGAAAUAUGAUUAGUGCCCCAGAUGUGGUGGCGUUUACCAAAGAAGAUGAGUAUGAAGAGGAGGCAUACAGUGAGCCGGCCUUACCUGAGGAAUACUCUGUGCCGCUCUUCCCUUUUGCCAGUCAUGGGACCAACCCCUGGUCCAAGCUCUCAGGCGCCAAGUUCACCCGGGACUUCAUCCUUAUCUCAGAGUUCUCAGAGCAAGUGGGCCCCCAGCCCUUGCUCACCGUCCCAGAUGAUGCCAAAGUUUCCGGAACAUUUGAUCUCAACUAUUUUUCCCUCCGCAUCAUGUCAGUGGACUACCAGGCUUCCUUUGUGGGGCACCCUCCUGGGUGCCCUUACCCUAAGCUGAACUUUGUGGAGGAUUCUAAAGUAGUGCUGGGCGAUUCCAAGGAAGGAGCUUUUGCUUAUGUGCAUCAUCUGACUCUCUAUGAUCUCGAAGCUAGAGGUUUUGUCAGGCCUUUCUGCAUGGCCUACAUAUCUGCUGAUGAGCACAAAAUUAUGCAGAUGUUUCAGGAACUCUCUGCGGAGUUCUCCAAGGCUUCAGAAUGCUUAAAGACUGGCAACCGGAAAGCGUUUGCGAAUGAACUGGAGAAAAAACUAAAAGACCUUGAUUACACUAGAACUGUUUUGCACAACGAGACUGAGAUCCAGAAGAAGAGCAAUGAAAAAGGGUUCUACACCACACAAGCCAUUGAGAAAGCCAAUGAACUGGCCAGUGUUGAAAAAUCUAUCAUUGAGCAUCAAGAUCUUUUAAAACAAAUCAGGUCAUACCCUUAUAGUAAGCUGAAAGAUGGUUUUCAUCCUUAUGAGCCAGAAUGUGCAACAGAGCAAGUGGAUGACAAUUCAGAGGAAGGAUUUACUACCUCGAAAUCUGAUGAACCCAGUGAAAUGCAUCUUUAUCCUCGGCAGUCCUCUUACACCCCAAAACUCAUCAAGGCAAAAUCUGCCAAAUGCUUUGACAAGAAACUCAAAACCCUUCAGGAACUGUGUGAUGUUUAUUUUUUCACCCAGACUCUAGAUCAGUUACGUCAAAUUGAGAAAAUGUUCAGAGGGGAUGUUUGCUACCUUUUGACCAAUCAGAUCAGCAAAGCACUUUUACAACAGCAAACUAUUACCAACUUCCUUUUUGAAGAGAUGUUCCUUGUUGACGAAAGGCCACCUGAAAGGCAGUUAAAUGGCUACCAGGGAUCUAAUGUAGACAACUCCAAUCCCAAAAGUUUGGAAGUCUGUCAUAUUCCUAAACUGUUAGUCAGCUUGGGAUCUUACAAAUCUAGUGUUGAGUCUGUGCCCAUAAAGAUGGAUCAGGAGAUUGAAGACACACAAGAAACAGAAGCCACUGACCCUAAUACUUAUGACCAUCAUGACAAUAUUGAGUACCUUGAUGCAGAUAUUAAAGGAAGCGUCAGUAGCGGUGAAAGCAUUGAGGUUUUGGGAACGGAAAAAUCUGCUGCUACCCUGACUCUGUCCGAAAGCCAGGCAAACAUGCCAGAAGCCCAGCCAAGUCCGCAAGCAGUGAGGAACAAAGCCGUCAGCAGAAGGACCAUAAGUGAGGACAGCAUUGAGGUCCUUAGCACAUGUCCUUCAGAGGCUUUGAUUCCUGACGACUUUAAAGCGAGUUACCCAAGUGCCAUUAAUGAAGAGCCUUAUGCAGAUGAAGAAGGGGAAGGCCUUCGCUUUAGCCCUGUUUUAAAUCUGGACAACACUGAAGAGAUGGAAGGCAAUCCUGAACCAGAAAACCUACUCCCUGUGGACUCUGCCUGUUGCAUUGGAAAAGAGAGUCCAAACUUUCUUGAGCCUCAGCCCACUAUGACCCCCAAACCCUGUGAUGACGACGGCGUGGUCAGUAUCCCACCCCAGCCAUACCUGCAGGGGGAUCAAGGAUUUCACGUGAAUUUUACAGACUACUCUUCCCACGACGGUGUCUUGGGAGGCCUCCUCACUUAUGAACUUGAUCCACAUUAUCUCUCCAGCAGCAAAGAGACAAGUAAAAUUAGCCUGGAUAAAUGCUCAGACUCCACCAGCUACAUAAGCAGCACAGCCUCCACCAGCUCAGACAGGACUCCUUCCCCAUCUCCUCCUGUCAGUCAUAUUGGAGAAAGACACAAGAAGAAGGCUGGGCAAAACGCAUUGAAAUUCAUCCGGCAGUAUCCCUUUGCUCACCCUGCAAUAUAUUCUCUGCUGAGCGGUAGGACACUGAUAGUGCUGGGGGAAGACAAGGCUGUCAUAGAGAAACUCGUCACUGCACUCUCCAUUUUUGUUCCGAACUGUGGUGCGUACGCCAAGCCUGUGAAGCACUGGGCCACAUCUCCUUUGCACAUCACAGACUUUCAGAAGUGGAAGCUGAUUGGAUUGCAGAGAACAUCUUCUCUGUCCCGUGUCAACGUGAUCCACUCUCUCAGCCGCUACAGCCGCUACAUCAGCAUCCUGGAUGCUGACAGCAAGACUCUCUGCUGCCCACAAUACAAAGGAACCCUGAUCCCCCGGCUUGCCGACCACCGCACGCAAAUCAAGCGGGGGAGCACUUACUACAUGCACGUACAGACCAUCUUGACCCAGCUGUGCUCCAAGGCCUUUCUGUACACCUUCUGCCACCAUCUGCACCUCCCCAUCAAAGAGGGAGAGACGGAGGAGUCCGUGGCAUCCCGGCGCCUGAACUUUCUGAAAAUCCAGCUAGGGCUCGCAAACGAGGACAGCAAAGUGGUCCAGUAUCUCGCAGAGCUUCUGAAGCUGCAGUACAUUCAGGAUCCCAUCCGUGGCUUUAGCCCAGUGCUCAGGUUUGAUUACGUGCCCAGCUGUCUGUACAAAAUCUAGUCACGUCCGGCCUGCCCUGUUGCUUCCCCUUGUCAUGCCAGUCACCUGUGCUCAUCGGUGACUAUUUGCCAGCCUAGACGAUUCCAUGAUCAACAUCUUAAGUCACUGAGAAUUUUCAUGAUGAUAUGGAGGACUCCAGCGUGGCUAAGCCAGCAUCAUUAAAAUUAGACUUCUAAAAUCCCGGUCACAUCUCUUUGGGAAAAAGGGACAUUCACGCAUUUUAAUUUGCUGUUUAAAGAUGGGAGAGUGGUGGGAGGUGGGAAAUAGCCUCUUUUAAGGAGUGGUAGGCUAUGUAAAGCUAUAGGAAGUUUUCUUGGCACGUGGCCAAUGCUAUGUAUGUAUGGGUGAAGUGGCACCGAGGACUUCUGUGCAUUUUUAGAAAGUGAAAUGAGCCCCAAAAAUGUAUUUCAAAAGCUUAAGGGGAAUAUAGUAGAAAGUGGUGUUAACUACUUCUACUACUUCAAAAAAAAAUUAAUCAGAUAAGAAUUCAGCUGCCUGAAUAUAAAAGUUCAGCUGCCUGAAUAUCACAGCCAGAAGCUAACCGAUCUCUUGGGUCUUUUUUCAGUGUUGGUGAUUUUCAUAACGGCUCCUUGCAUUGUGCAUCCCUGGGGAACAGAGAGAGAAUUCCACGAGGUCCUUCUUGGCUCUUCAGGUCAGAAGUGUGAUGAAGGCCUUCUGAACUCUGGAAAGCACAAAGGGGCGUUGGUGGAGUGUGAUGGCGAGCGCCGUGUCUUGAUAGUCCACUUCAUCUAGCUUGCCUCUCCCAGAGGGGGAAGACACAAGUCUUUAUUGCUCACUCUGUUUCUGCAGUACGGGGGAAUGUAAAGAAAGUUGGGGCUAGGAAGGGUGUGCUUUGGACACCGUCACAUCGGCCGGUGCAGUUGCUUCUAAGAGCACACUGGGAGAGGUCUCUGGAAUUGCCCAGUGUCCUUAAAUCUUAGCACUCAGGUGUCAUUGAAACAGAAGUACUGGAUUAGGCCUCCUCUCUUCAUAUGCUGCUUUGUGGUGGAUGGGUUUCAUUAGCCUCGUGUAGUAUAACCAGCCCCAGAGGGGGUCCCCAUUGGUACAUGCAGCUGCCAACUUCACCUCCCCUCCCCCAUGUUGCUUAUCUGAACCCCAAGCCUUUGCAACCGUUUUACUACCUCUGCCGCAGCUGCACAUCAGGGUGGUCACCGAUCACGCAGCUUGCUGCCGACUGGAGGCGGAGGGUUUUUCAUUCCAACUCCUCCCAAGUCACAAACUCUACUGGAUGCUAGCCAUUUUGGCCUUUUAUGAAUCUGUCUAAUUCUGGUUGAAUUCAGUAGAAUUUGUGUUUUACUUUUUUGUCCUGUGGAAACUUGAGAUCGCCCACGAGGCUACAUUAUCUCCUUGGCUGCAGAAAAGUACGGCCGCAGCAUAUCCCAAGUGGGCCAGCUGGCUGUAGAUUUUAAGAGCGCAGAAACGCCUUACUAAUUUUAUUUCCCCUUUUUCAAAAUGUUCUUUUUCUGUUCCCUGUGUUGGGAGGCUGGCAACGAGACACAAGUUUUACGAGUUAACUGGACUUAAUAUAUUUUAAAAACCGCUGUUCAAUGUCAUUAUGGGAGACAGAGUUCUGGAAUUGAAUGUAAAGUUUCUGAUUACCAGAGGAAGCUUCAGGAGCGAGUGUCCGGUGUAGUGUUUUUAAGAGUUCUGGAAAACUUGAUUUAAAAGCUGCACUAUUUGUUUGUGUGUGUGUAAAAAACGUGUUAAUGCUGCACUUUUAAGUUCCUCAUGUACAGAGAGUGUAACGGGCACUCUCAAGAAGACACCUUGCUGUUUCAUAUUAGAGAAAAACGCAGGAUCUUGAGGGAAUGACAUGCACCUUACCCUGGUGCUCCUUUGUUCUCAAAUGGGGGAGGGAUGGUUUCUCCCACAUUUUCGGUCACCAUGAAGUCACAGGCAAGGGCUUUCUGGUGAAAGCAGGCAUGGCAUUCCACCUUUUGAUGCAGACAGGCCCUCCUAGCACAGUCAGGCUGCCAAGGUGUUGCCUACCUGCACCUCAGCAAAGCAGGCAGCUAACUUAACAAGCGUUUCACAUCUCAGAUGGUUUCCCUGAGUCGCUUUCUAUUUCCCUCCACCCUCUAAGCUGUUUACUCCACAACGGAGCUGAUCCAGGUGAUUUUCACCCGGUUCAUUCAUAACGAUUGUGGAGGAAGCCUGUUUGGAAAUCACAGAAGCCAGAGAGUUGAUAACUUUGGCAUCUUAUCACUGACAAGAUUAUGCAGGACCACUAAUAUCCAAGAUUUUUAGAAAAGCCUUCCUGAAUGUAGUUGUUUAACCUCAUCUGAAAGGGUAGGAUGUUAUGGAAAAUAUGGACUUGUCACCCCAAAUGCCUUCCUUGAGUCUAGUCCUCCUGUACUGUUUAGGAAACAUUUGCUCAUGUUGUGAAAUCAUCACAAUGUGCAUUCCCCAUUGAUUACUACUGCUACAGGGUGAGAGCCAUAGAAUGUGACAUCAUAUUAUAUCAUGAUUUUCUUUGGACAUUUCAGGCAAUCAGCUUGGCCUGUGGGACACCAUUUUUGGUGGCUUCCCCACGUUGUCGACAACAUGUAGGUCAGCCUUCACCAACCUGGUGCCCUCCAGAUGUUUUGGACUACAACCUCCAUCAGCCCAAUCAGCAGUUGAGGAAGGCUGGUCUAGGUCUAUCCUAAGACUUUUAGUCAUAGGAAUUUUAGACCCUAGUCUGUCAGUUCCACCUAAUAGGCUUUUCUCAUUGUGCCAUCUCCCUUAAUCUCAACCUCUUCAUUUCUAGACGUUUCCUGCUUUCAUGGUGGGAAGCAGCGCGUUUUACUGUAUCACUGACGAAUGUAUGUGUCCUUCAGAAGGCAUAGCUAGUUCUCACCUUAACUUUUUUAAAAAGUUUACUUUGUACAGUAGCUGUGUGUUUAGAUGUUUCCCCACUGCCAAGAUAGAAAUGGGCAUUUACAGUUAAUUUGGGAUUGUUGAUGCUGUAAUGAGACAGAAAAUGAGACAGAAAAUCUUACAAUCUUACAUUCACACCACAUUUAUUCCGCUAUUAUUCCCCUUUAAACAGUCAUGGCUUCCCGCAAAGAAUCCUGGGACGUGUCGUUUGUGAAGAGUGCUGACUGAGUCUUUAUUCUCCUCACAGAGAUACGAUUCUCAGAGUUGCUUUUCCCAGAGAACUCUGGGGACUAGAGGGGAAUAGUGAUCUCCUAACUCUUAGUACCCCUCACAAACUACAUUUCCCAGGAUUCUUCUGGGGAAGCCAUGACUGUUUAAAGUGGAGUAACAGUGGAAUUGAUGUAUGGUGUGAAUGUGGUCAAGGGCUUUAAGCACCCAAGCUUGGAUCCACCCCAAGGCUGUUUAGAAUCUUUUAGUCUGAUUUAGUUGAGCAACACCUUCCCUUCUUUGUACGCACACCUGAAUAUCUUAUGGAUUGCUUUUCAAAGCUUGCACUAUUAGCAGAAAUACAUGAAGAAUCCCUGACGAAGUUAUCUGCUGGGCCGGGUCCACAGUGGCCAUACCUGCUUGCCUUUCAGCCUGGGGUGAGGGCUCUGGCGUCGCUUAUUUUGUAGAUGCAAAAACGACCUGUUACACUUGCAAAUAUGCAUAAACAUUGUGUGUGAAGGAAACAGGUCUGUGAACCAUAAAGACUCUGGAAUCAGUCUUGGCAGUUCAUGAGAUUGUCACAGAUUUAACAGCAUGCACUGCUGGUUUUUUAAAAUAAAGAUUCACAUCUAUGUAGAUGGCAAUUAUAGCUAGCGGGUGCCUUCCUGAUCGAAGAAGCAAUCCUUAGCCAAAAGAACUGCAGAGCCUAGUAAAGUUCAUUGAUUUGUGGAGCAAGAGAAAACUAGUCUUGUGCUCUCAUGUCAUUAGCCAUUGAAGACACAACUGCUGCUGUCCUUAACCAUGGUUAACAGAUUGUUAACACCAUGCCGGCUCAAACAUCCUCUCCCAUUCCUAGUCAAUUUUAACCAUGGUAUCACCUUACAGCCAUACCAAGGUUAAUGCUAGCAGUGCCAACCGCUUCAAAUCCUGGUUAAAAGCUAACCCAUGAUUAUCUGUAAGCUCAUGGCAGAUGUGUUACAACACCAUGGUUAAUACAGGGAAGGGGGAAAUUAAUGUUGAACAGGAGGUGGAUUGGAUGAAGUCCACUGGCGGAGCCAACUCUUUCAUGAAUGAUUAAGGGAUUUGUAGACUCAAGAGAGGCUGAUUCCCCUUCCUCCUCUCAGCAAGAGCCACUUACUUGAGGUUUUCUAGCCAUUUGAUCAUUGAGAUGUUUGCACAUCUCUGCUGCUUUAGUCUAGCAAAUAUAACUAGGUUGAUCCAAGGGGAACAUCACACAAAGGUGAGGUGAACGACUCACAAUGGAAAAUGUGAUGGCUCUGGCAGGAUCAGCCUCUUGAGAUAUGUCAACGGGUGUCUGCUUUCACAGACAAAUAGCGUUACUAAUCCGGUGCUGAUCCCCUUGCGAUCAUAACGUUUCGGAUUGCAGCCCUCCUGGGUGCUGUGGAAAGCAUAAAUGCUCUGACCUGCAGUUUCUGCCUUUUGCUCUUCUUAUAUCAACUAUUUGGUCUCUCUCCAUCUCAACUGGACUGGGCUAGCAGUUCUGUGGAAGCAACACCUCCCCCCCCCCCCAAUUCUCCUCCUUUCCAGACUCAUUAUAAGUGCAUGUUAGGUUUCUUGUCUGUACUUGUAUGUACACAACACUUUAGCUUGGAGAGGAGGAAAAAAGUGUCUUUGUUGAAGAAAAGUGGAGCAGCAUGCCUUCCAUGUGUUCGUGCUGUUAAGGUGUGUUCUGCACUAGAGCUUAAAAAAACCAUACUAAACACCCAGUGACUACAAUGAUAAAAUGUACAUUAGGGGGAAAAGGAGAAAUUAUUUAUUUGGGCUCAAGAUAUUUUUGAAAUACAUAAAAAACCUGGUUGUAUUUUUUAAAGCUUAUAUAACCCUUUGUGUAUAUUGUGGUUAAAUUCUUGAUUUUAUUGUGCUUAGUAAAAAACUGUCCUGACUAUA